AGUUGGUGGGGUCGUUUUUCCAUCUGCAUAAAUCCAUCACCCGUUUGUGGUGCUCGCAAAAUCCCGUCCCGAGCGCUCGCCCGAGCCGACCUCGGGAUUCGGGCGGCAGAGAGGCAAAGGAUACCGUUCUGAAUACCUUGAUUUGCGUUUGCGUUUUCUCGGUUUGUGUUGUGUUAAAUCGUUCGGUUGAAAGUUGUUCACGCGCAUCGUUGAUGCAUUAGCACCGUUCGCACGAAGCAGCUCGAGACGGUAUCGAAACGGAACGAGAGUGGACGAAUAAUCAAUCCCUCGCCCGGACGCUCGAAAUAAUGGCCGCGCAGACCGACGAGAAACCGGUGAACGAAAUCAUCGUCCUGUGCGAGGGCUACUCGAGGGACGCGGACGACGGAGAGCCGCCCGGUGAGGUGAUGCUAGCGAACUGCACCUGCACCCUCAUCAAAGGCCCCGAUUGCAACGUCAUCGUCGACACGAUGACACCUUGGGAUGGCGAUCUGCUUUUGCGACGACUGCAGGAGCAUCAGCUGCAUCCGGACGACAUCGACUACGUCGUGAGCACACAUGGACAUUCCGACCAUCUGGGGAAUAAUAACCUCUUCCUGCGGGCGAAGCGGCACAUCGUAGGCACUAAUAUUUCCCUCCGGAAUCGUUACUACGUCCAUGACUUUGAGGCCGGCCCGUUCCGGCUGACGGACGACAUCGAGAUCCAGGCCACACCGGGCCACACGAUGUCCUGCGUGACGGUGCUGGUAGCACGUAGCAACCUGACGGGCGCCGGCGGUGGCGGCGGCAGCGAUGGACGCCCGACCGCAAUCGUCGGCGAUCUGUUCGAGCGCCGCCAGGACAUCGAGGACGAGCGACUGUGGGUGGAGGCAGGCAGCGAGGAUCCGCGGGCCCAGCGACACCAUCGGGCCCGCAUUGCCGCGCUGGCCGACUGGAUCAUCCCCGGACACGGUGGUCCGUUUCGCGCAGAUCCUUCCAUGCGCGAAACGUUGCGCCAGCAGGCAACUGCCCCACGCGGAUCCUCGCAGGACGACGGUGGGACGGCGGUGUAAGAGAGAAGCCGUGCGGUUUCGCAUUCCUCUCGGGUAGGUUGAUUGACGACGGCGUCAUCGGUUCGACAGCGGGCGCCCGCUAGCCGGGCAAUGAAGAUUUCAACGGUGGUGAUGCAUCCUUUAGAAGAGCGCUCCGUUUGCAUCCGUUACUUACGAAAGGAAAUAUUCUUUAGCCAAGUUAUUGCACGCGCAUUUCGCCGGCAAAGUAAAAUAUGAUCCGUUCCUCGGUUCUACGUUGGGUUAUGGCCGGAAACAUAAACACCAAUCGCCCGUCAAUCGGUGGCACCGAACGCGGAGAAACCGUGCAGGCCCAAUGCAACGCAACAUCGUGGAAAAGAAAAUAAGCUAGCAUGUCCCCUUGAACAACGCACGUAAUAAGACAAGAAACGUUAAAUUCGAUCCGCAGAACAUGACCUAGCACGCACGUGUUCGGCGUCGCCGAUCUUCGAGCCGGUAGGUGGCUGGUUUUCCCGUUUGCUCUCACAGUUCUAGAUCAGUUGCGAGGCCCUGCAACAGAAGGCGAAACAAUAAUAAUAUUAGUAACGUUCAAUAUAAUUACCAACCGUGUCAACGGUAGCGCUAUCGCGUAGCCGUUUUGCCGUUGGCAUUUACAUUUAUCGAUUGUUCGUUGAUAGUGUUGUUCCAUGUAAUCGUGAUGUAAGCAAAGCAACAAGGAGGAAGUAAAACAAAAUGAUACAGUUCUUAAUAUGAAUUAAUAUUUAACCGAAAACGAUGUGUUGAAAACUUAAAUGGCAAACAAGUCCUAUAUGCAAAAGCGCAGUUACUACUGAUUGUUAGUGCAGUUGUAUUGUUGUUUGUGUCGUCGUGAAGCCUUACUUCCGUUGUAUCGUUGUGCCGCUGGUUUUUUGCAACACACCACUUGCAUAAGCAUAAGCGCUUGCAAAUUGCAGCGACAAUUUGUUAUCAACCGGUUCUACUGCUGCUAGAAAUGACCGAGCGCGGACGCACGCUAGGGUCAUCGCUUGUUUGUGUUACACCUUCUGCCAGAUGGCUUUUUUCGUAACGUUUGCAUCACCCACCCUACCACAUGUCACAUGCGUGUUGAGACAUUAAACAUUUCGAAUUUUAAGCAAAUACGUUCGAUGUUGGAAGACGUUGGAGAACGUUGGAUAUUGUGACAAUGUGCGGUGUGGCGUGAUCGAACGACGCAAAAGCGCCAUUUUAUCACUUUCUUUCGUAUCCUUACCGGGCGGCUGACGAUCAACAACGUUUCCGAUCGCAUCCAACCACCAUCCGGAUGGUGCUGCCCGAUGAUCGAUGUGCGAUAUCACAGAACAGAUGCAAAGAGAAAGAAUGAAAACCAUUAUAAUGAAGAAAACAAAACCUUAAUCGAGCAGCCGUGUUAUGAUGCGAAACUGGCCGCCCUUCGAUGGUGGAAGGUGGACAUCCGACCGGUUCUCUUCAGAAACGGACGGCACGCAAGUGCUGAAUGUUACAGACGCAAGCUUUAUGACAACUUAAAUAAGUAUGCUUUAUGGAAACAAAAGAAACCAAACUUAGCAUUCAAUACGAAAGAAACUGAAGGAAGUAUAGUGAAAAGAAAAUGAAUACAUACACAAAAAACUACAUAAUACACGAUAUUAAUAAGCAGUUUAUUGAUCAUACAUGUAAACGUUAGUGGACUUAGAGUUUCAAAAGUUUCUAAAAUACAAACGAAAAAAAAGAAGAAAACAACAUGGAAACACAAAACAACACCCAAACACACUCACACGAGCAAAACGCAUAAACACAAACAAACAGAACAUAAAACAGAAUUUGCUGAAAGCUCUUGCUUGAUACAUUAACAAAACCCCGCAAACGGUAGUAGUGAAGAAUUUUACACUGAUAAAUCGUUAAACCCGUAGAUAAAACAGACUCCCGCCACACAAAUAGACACAAAGUAAACACAAUUUUCCAGAACACAAAACAAGCAAACCGUACAGCUUACACAGGACUUGCAAUGAUAGUCAUACAAAACUGGGAAAUCCACCCGACACGGGUGGAUAACCAAUGGUACCAAUUUUGAAAAGGUUGUGCAAACGUAAACAAAACUAAACCCCAAACCCCGCUGUGCAGCGGGGGGCGAUGGGGGCCGACAACACGAACCAAAUGCGAAAACACACAACAAAUAGCAGGAUAACAAACAAAGGCAAACACUUUCACACAGUAUUAGAGAAGAAGUGCCACCGAAGGGGCGACCGGAGGGAGUGAGAAAGCAGACAAAACAGAAGAAAAAACAAACAGCAUUACAGAGUAGUGGGCUUUAGGAAGUGGAGGAAGAGAAAGUACACGCGAAAAACACAUAUACACGUUUGAAAUCUAUGGGCUUAAGACAGGGAAUGUGGCACUCUUCAGUAGCUUCUUCUGCAUAAACAAGGGAACAGAAGGACGCUGAAGGGUUCACACCUGAUGCCUUCUUUAUGAUGCUUCUACCGAUUGCCAACUUUUUGAGACAAAAUAGAAAUCACACGUACACGGAAGAUAGGGAAGAAAUAUAGGCACAGCUAGCCCGAUCGAACCAUGGAGAGAGGUGCAGAGUUUUUCAACCUACAAACAUGAACAAACACAAACACAGCUGAUUGAAACACUGCGAGGCGCGAGCAUUCGCUAGCAGCAGCAGCAGUAGCAGCAGAAGCAGCAACAGGAGCAACAACAGAACACACUGACACAGUUAUACAGCAAGUAAAUGCAUAAACCAACGUAUAAUGGAUGUUUAGUUCUUUAAUGCAGACAAGCUGCACUUAAAUUACAAGAAAAUAAUAUAAUCGUAUAAGAGUUAUAUAUAUAUACAUAUACUAAACGAGAAAAAAAUAAUCAUCUCAUGAAUCACCAAACUCAUCAAAAGUAAUUAAACUAGACUUAGUGUACCGUAGGCUUAAGGAAAAAAAACGCACGCGUUCGCCGAGAACAACAUCGCUCAGCGAACGGCGCAGAAAUACACCACUUGGAUCCGAAAACUUCUAGUCGAUAAGGAACGCAGAGGAGAUGGCUGCAAACCUGGCAAACAAAUUGCAGAUAAAAAAUAGAAAAAGAAAUACACACGUUAAAGAUAAGAGAAAGAGACAUAAGGUUAAAUUUAGCGUAGCGUUAGUAGGGGAAGUAGUAAAGAUUGGAAAAUUUUCUCCACUCUAGACACACCUGGGUGGAGAAAAGCCUGGCAAACACGAUUUUCUACUAAAAAAAAAAAACAAUAUUUAUUCAUACAAACAUAUACAUAUAUAUACACAUAUAUGAAUAUAUACAAACCGACAAAGCGCAUAUGUAGCAACAUGCAGUAGUUGAAUGCAUAGAGCAAGCAAAGAAAACGAUGAAAAAAAAGAUAAAAUGUUUAAUUGUUUCUUAAAAACAUGGUACGCGUACAUAACCUCAUGCGAAACUGAUUUAAUGAUGAUGAUGAUGUUCAGCAACCUAAUGUAAUAUGAAUCCUUGAACGCUAGAACGGUCAAGGAUUAUGGUAUGAUUGUGCAAACGCACAAAACAUGCGCAUACCGCAACAGGGAAAAGAGAAUGGUAGAACAAAAGGAAAAGGUAAGAAAUGUCGGACAAGGCGUACAGGAAACCCUCCUGGAAAACAAGUAUUACACGAGCGAAAAGUAGGUCGUCUGGAACAACAAUAAGGGAUUACGUGUGUAUGGGCCGAGACGCUUGCCUCAACGGUGCACAGCGGUUUGCAGCACAUUGUUGUGCUCCGGUGUGCAGGAAGCGAAACGGAAAAAGGAAACGGAAAAGCAUACUUAAAAACAAUAAUUUGACCGUUAGAAUAGCAAAACAAAGUGUAUGUGUGUGUAACGUUGCACGCGUACCAUUCGCGACCGUUCGGGUGGAGCUUUGCAGGAAGAAAGUUGCGAUAAAACAAUGUCGCUAGAUGGAAGAUGCAAAAUAAUCAAUAAAACCAUAUUCACGCCCCAGCUGGCGAUAGUAGCGUAGUAGCGGGGAUUCGCCCCUUGGAGAAGAAAGUAGACAUGAAAACUAUUUGAAAAAAAACCUAUAUGCAUAACGUAGCAGUUAUCUUAUCAGUUGACAAAUGAAAAUGAAUAAUUUUAGUGCGAUCAAAUAAACCGAUUGGUAUUGGAUAAUAAUGUUGACAGCAACAAACAUGAACACACAAUAUACACAUAAAUGAGUACACACCCACACGUAUAUAUAUACAUACACAAAAAAGCUGCAGAUGAGUUAAACAAAGUUGAAAGUAUUGUUUCAAAAACAAGCUAAAUUAAAGCAACAAAAAAAAGCAUUACACAUAAUAUCUUUAAAGUGGCAGUAGAAAAUGGGCUACUUAAAAGCAACAGUCGCAAAGGAAGCGAAC